GCCCAGCAGCGCUGCGAGGGCUGCGACAACCUCUUCGGCGAGUACUAUUGCGGCGUCUGCCACCUCUUCGAUCGCGACAAGAAGCAGUACCACUGCGCCGAGUGUGGCAUCUGCAGGAUUGGUCCAAAGGAGGACUUUUUCCACUGUUCAAAAUGUAAUUUAUGCCUAAACUUGAGCCUUCAAGGAAAGCACACGUGCAUUGAAAACGUCUCCAGGCAGGAUUGCCCAAUAUGUUUGGAGGAUAUUCACACGUCUCGUGUUGGAGCUCAUGUUCUGCCGUGUGGUCACCUUCUUCACAGAACGUGCUACGAGGACCUGCUAAAGGAAGGUUACCGGUGUCCGUUGUGCAUGCACUCGGCUUUGGAUAUGACGAGGUACUGGCACCAGCUGGAUGAUGAAGUGGCACAGACUCCUAUGCCCACAGAGUAUCAGAACAUGAGGGUGGAG